CAUUCUACCUUAUUCCUCUUUUCCGUCUCCCCCUCCCCUGCAUUCUGUCUCUCGUGCUCGCCGCUCCCAUUGUUGGUUCCGAUAACAAAAACCAACCAUGGGACAGCCAGAACCACCUGCCAUUUCAGACCCUCCAUCAGCAUUACCACCAGUACCGGCGGCAGAAGAGCCUAAAACAUCUACAGAUAAAUCAGACUCUCCUUCAUCACCGCGAGCAUCUACAAAUUCAGACGCUCCAUCAUCAUCGGCUCCAGAAGAAGAACCACCGAAACAAUCUACAAAUUCUAACUCUACAGCAUCACCAACACCGUCGCAGAGAUAUACAACACCUCGGCUGCCUGUUUCUCUUGUUCAACCUUCGCAGAAAAAGAAAAAACCUGUCAAAGUUGUACGAAUCCUUCGUGCUCUCUUUAGAUCGUUUCCGGUGUUUACACCCGUUUGCAAGUUUAACGGCUUUCCUGACAGAAACCGUACUACCACCGGAGUUUUAGUAACCGGUACGUUAUAUGGGUUUCGAAGAGGACGAGUAAGUUUAUGCAUACAAGAGAAUCCAAAAUGUAUUCCUACGUUAGUGAUUGAACUCCCCAUGCAAACAAGUGUGUUACAAAAGGAAAUGAGUUUAGGUAUGGUAAGAAUAGCUCUUGAAUGCGAAAAAAGACCUGCCGAUAAAGAAAAACUUAAACUCUUAGAUGAACCAGUUUGGUCUAUGUAUUGUAAUGGUAAAAAGGGUGGAUAUGGUAUGAAAAGAGAUGCUACAGAUGAAGACUUGAACAUCAUGGAGCUUCUUAGGGCGUCAUCCAUGGGAGCUGGUGUUCUUCCUGGGAAUUCAGAAGUUGAAGGUCCCGACGGCGAAUUGGCAUAUAUGAGAGCUUAUUUCGAACAUGUUGUUGGAUCAAAAGAUUCAGAGACAUUUUAUUUGAUUAGUCCUGAAGGGAAUCACGGCCCGGAGCUAAGCAUAUUCUUCGUCAGGGUUUGACAUAUACGAUGCAUGGCAUAAGAACUACUAUGACGGAUGAUUGCCGAUAUCCAAAAUGCACACGUUCGUAUACCAUAUUCCAGGUAUUUCAUGACACUAUUAGCUAGACAUGUUAUUAUAAAAAUGUCUAGUUCUUCAGUAAGAGUGAUUGAACAUGUUUACAGAAGUGUUUGCGACCGUCAAGCAGACAGACGCAUAUAUAGAGACGACCACCGUAUGCAUGUUGUAUUUGAAAUAUUUGCUGUGGUCAUUUGAGUAAAGUUUGAACAGUAGAGAAUGUAGUAAUAUAUUUCUAGAUGUAUAAAAGAGAAAGAGGGGGUGUGAUUGGGGGCAGGGGAUUUGGCUUCCAAUAUUCAAUUGUGUUCAGAAUUUGCUUACAAAAGAAAAUUGGAGAUUUCUUAUUUCUUUUUUUAA